CUGACAGUACAGUAAACCUGAGCUUCACUACAGUAACUUCAGCUGUUCAUCUCAGAGAGGACUUAUUCACGCCUUCACACGCCAAACUCUCGGUGCGCUUUUCACAUUUGGAUUUACCAUCGCUUUCACUGAAAACAUGCCCGUGUCCAGAAUGCGCAUGCGCCCCUGGCUGGAGAGCAGGAUCGACUCCAACACCAUCAAUGGACUCAUGUGGGUCAACAAGGAGGAGAAGAUGUUCUCCAUCCCCUGGAAACACGCAGCUCGGCACGGCUGGGAGGUGGAUAAAGAUGCCUGUCUGUUCAAGCAGUGGGCUAUUCACACAGGUAAAUAUAAGGAGGGAGUCACUCAGCCUGACCCUAAAACCUGGAAAGCCAAUUUCCGCUGUGCAAUGAACUCUCUUCCGGACAUCGAGGAGGUGAAGGAUAAAAGCAUCAACAAGGGCUGUGGGGCGGUGCGAGUUUACCGCAUGCUCCCCGCCGUCAGCAAGAAGAUCAAGAGAUCCAAGAGCCGAGACUCCCGCCGGCGGAUGAAGGGUCUGUGUCAGAAAGUGAAGCUGGAGGACAUGAGCAUUGAGGAGACGUCUGCAGAAAUGACCCAGGAAAACACCAUCGACAGCACUCAGAGCACGCCACACACUUCCAGUCCCACUGUUGGGUUGGAGGUGGAGAUCGGCCCUGACAGCACGUGCAACGACAUCUACACUCGAUUCCAGGUGUCUCCAGUGCACUCCACAGACCUGGAGGACAGCGAAGCCAUCUUAGAGCUCACUCGGCAAUUGGAGCGCGAUAGUUCACAAUGGCUGCAGAACUUUGGAAAGGGGUUCCUGGCCAAUGAAGCCUGCACAACAGAGUCUCUGAGCCCUGAGAGCCAGUGGAGUGUAAGUUCAGGAGAGGAGCUCGAGCUUCGUCUAUACACAGAACUGACCCCAGACCUGCGCAGCGACUCCUACACAUACACAGAGUUGUGGAACAGCAGCUCCAUGCCUCAGAGCAUCUGCUGAGACACAGACACUCGCAUGCACGCACACACACACACAAACACACACUCACACACUCCACCUCAAACCUCAGAGCCUCAUUCCAUAUUUUCUGGACACCUGGAGACCUCAGUCCUGCUUUCUGGAGACCGACCAGAAGAUCUUCCAGAGACACUGCAGGAAAUGCUCUUUCUAGACUAAAUAUCUGAUAAUUAUCAAAUCAUGAAGCUUUUUCUAGACAUGCAAACUAAAUAUUUCGGUUUUAGAAAUAAGGUCAAAAUUAUAAUAAAUAAUUGGUAAAUAUAAUAAUAAUGAUACUUUUAUUAUUAUUUAAUUAAGUUAAUUAAUUAGUUAAAAUAAUACUAAUAAUUGUAUUAUUUAAUUAUUAUUUAAUUAUUAAAGUUCAUUGAUUAUUUAUAACUAAUAACUAAAUAAUAAUAAUAAAAUAAUAAUAAUUGUGAUUAUUAUAACUAAUUAAUUGUCAGAUUAUUCUGCGUGUUUUAAGCAGAAACUCUCUUCAUUUUGACUCAUUAUUUCUGAACACAACACUAUAUUUACUGCUCAUCUAGAAAAAGCUUCUUGAUUUCAGAGUUUGCAGAUAUCCGGACCAGAAAGGACACACACACACACACACUCUCUUACAUUUGUACAGAUGUGUGUGAUCCUGUAAUCUCCUGUACUGUGAACUGUCUGGACAGCAUCCGUUAUGUGCUCGUGUCAGCAUUUAUUGAACUCUUUGAUACUCGAUGCAGAAACAUCAUUUGGGGAAAUCACUCCACUGUUACGGCUUCAGUCCUUUUCAGAAGUCAUGUUUCUUCAAUGCACAACUCAAUAUCAAUGUUGUAUAUGAAAAUGACUAAUCUUCAUAUAUACACACACACACACACACACGCACACUCAUGAACGCACACACACACCUCAAAUGAAGCUGUUUGUGUAUGGGGAUGGGUUCCUUUGUAAAUAUUGUAAAAAAUCUCUUUGUAAUAAAAUGAUAAAAUAUGAA